AUGCCACGAAGGCGCGGUUUCUACUGUUCUACGGCACUGUACUUCGAUGCUGGAGAUGAGAGUAAUGAAAACACAAUCGAUACAGUCGGCUACGAUCCUAGUUGUGCUUAUAUGGUAACCUUAUCCAAUAAGAACCAAAGCGAGAACAAUCAUGGAAUCCAAGUACAGGUGAAACGAAAGUUAUUUUACGUGGUAUACACUAAUGUCGAUUGGUAUGAUUUUCACUGGUCAAUACCUGUUAGUCCAUUAACAAGAUGA